AUGGAACAUUUUCAGUAGAAGAUAAAUGAAAUAUAUUAUGGUCACAAGUCUGAUAUAAAAUGAGUCAGGACACUGUUAACUUUCAGUGUGAGAUAUUUUACCUCUGUUCUGAUAACCUUAGACAGAAUUGCAGAGGUUGUAGAUAGCGGCUUCAGAUUUUAGGUGCUUAUGAACAAGAACUCGAAAGCAUCUCAGACUGUAGAAAUGGGUUGGAUAUUUAAUUCAAUUCAAUUUUAUUUGUAUAGCGCUUCUAACAGUGCUUAAUAGUGCUUUGUCUCAAAGCAGCUUUGGGGAAAUAUAGAAUAAAAUGACAAAGUUUAAAAUUAAAUUAAUAUUCAGCCCUAAUGAGCAAGCCUGAGGUAAUGCUGGUGAAGAAAAACUCUGUGAGAUGAUAUGAGGAAGAAACCUUGAGAGGAACCAAGAAAAGGAAAUCAAUCCUCACUUGGGUGACACCAGAAAUGUGAGUUCAUUAUACACUAAUUCCUUCCUGCCGCAGUCUUUAAAAGUUAACUGAUGAAGACUUGAGUGCAAAACUGGCCAUCACAACAGCAGUUUAAGUUUAGGUUCAGUCCCAAGGGUUGACAUCCUGUCUACGUGGAGCCAUCCCCAGGAGCAGUGAGCACCAACAAGUGACAAGAUUCCAACUAGAUGUAUUGCAUCAGGAUGGAUCAGGUAGGGAAAAGAAGGGGUAACACUGGGAACUGAUGACUGGGAGCUUGGGAGUAGCAUGUAUAGCUCAACAGAAAGAGAGAGAGAGAGAGAAAUAAGUGUUUAUGUUUACUUACAAUCAACUCUGCAUUCUCUUCUGCUUUUAGAAUAGAAACUUAUUUAGCUAUUUUUAAAAUGUGCUUAGGUCAGUGGUUGUGCAUAUUCUAUCAUGGGGAGUCCAGGAAAAUUUUCCCAAGAGACCACAGAAAUGCGUACAUAUGCACAGUUCUCUUCUCAUUCGUCACACUUCUCAGACCACAAUGGUUUUGGGCUACCUACAUAAACUAUUUGACUUUUUCUCUUAUCACAAUAGCCCUUUUCCCUAACCACAUUUGUUUCCACAAGGUUUUGGAGUGAUCUGAGAUCACAAGAUCACAAGUCAUGAUCAGGGUUGUUCCUAAAAGUUUCCUGAACAUUUCUAGAGAACUAUAAAAAACGUUGAAAUGACUUAAAGGGUGAAAUCCACUUCUUAGGUAUGGCACUAGGGCGUAUAGUUAUAUAAGAUAGAUUUUAUGAUAAUAAAAUGAGUAAUAAUGUGAAAUUUAAUGACUUUAUUUAAAACAACCAAUGCUGGAAAAAGCUUAAAUAGUUUUUUUUCCCCCAAGAUUCAGAAAGGGAAGCCGGUUCAUCACAGAGUACCAUGUACACAAAUUUAUACACUAGGGCAAUUUUGUCUGGGGAAAUUUAGUUUAGCCAGUCUGCCUACCUGCAUGUUUUGGACAGUGAGAGAGAAAAUCUGAAAAUCUGAAACUGGAGAAUCUAAAGGAAACCCAGGGGAAUAAGUGAAAUUCUGCACAGACAAUAACCUGAGCUCAGGAACUACCACAGACAGUAAUACUACCCACUACACCAUCGACACCAAAAUUAAAGUGCAUUAUGAGCAAGAACAAGUAAGUGAAAUUAUACUUUCUAAUACUUAUGUCAUGCUAAAAAGGAUGAGUCAUUUAGCUUGGGUAUAGGUCAUGUGUUGCUCACUGGCCCUGUAUGUGAUGUGUGAUGUGUUGCACAAUACUCUCAGACACACAUACACACACACACACACGCACGCACGCACACACACGUACGCACAUCCAAAGCAUGCGAUAUGAUGAUUGCACAGUUUUCACCUAUAUUUAUUUAUCCCUGGUUGAAGCAUGUGUUUAAGCAUGUGUCCUGGAUUUGUCAUGGGGUCUGUAGAGCUUUCCUGAGAAAGACACAAUGCUUAGGCAGCCAAAAAUCAUUCAGCCUGUAUGGACAAAGAAUGCAGGCCGCCGUUACAAUGGUGCCGAAACAAAGGCUCUGCUUUCCAGAAGCCCAGGCCAUCAUAAAGAGGCAUGUGACAGAAGCUGUUGCUGUUUUGCUAAGUCAGAAAGAAGUGGUGUGCUUUGCAGCAAUGCCUCUGAGUGAGUAGUUGGUCUGUCAGAUACCAAACCGGGAAAGAAAUGCCUCUACCAAGACGCCGAUCGUCCAUCCUGGGCCAGGCUAAUGCAGAAUGGGCAGGAAAUGUGACCCGAGUGAGCACAGGCAGUACCACAACUCCUCGGGGCACGUUCAUGGGCUCAGCAUCGUCCGACAGCACCAGCUGCCUGGGUGCCCGUGUGUCGCGCAGGGCACUGGGCAUCAGCAGCAUCUUUAUGCAACGCCUGCGCAGCACCAGUGCCCCUGUGCUGCCCAAGCAUGCAGAAAGGGGUCACCUGUUGGGUUCUGAUGGAUUUAACAGCUGUCUGCUAGAGUACCGUGAAAAGGUACAUACACUUGAGCAACUCAAUCAGCAGCUGGAAGAACAGAUCCAUAACUACCUGGAUCGCAAGGCCUCCAGCGCCAAGAUGUGGUCCUCACUGAAGCAGGGAUGGGAGGACAUCUACAGACAGGUGAGCGAGGCCAUCCUGGACAAUGCUCGAUUUGUGCUUCAGACAGAGAACAUCCAGGCCAGUGCUGAAGAUCUUAAAGAAAGGUGUGAACAUGAGCAGCCUUUCCGUAAAGCCAUAGAGGAGGAGAUCAACUCCCUCUAUAAGGUGAUUGAUAAUGCCAACUUUACCAAGGGGGACCUGGAGAACCAGAUCGACAGCAUGAAUGCUGAGCUUCUAGACCUGACCAAAUCUCAUGAAGAGGAUGUGAGACAGCUCUAUAGCCAGCUGGCUAGCCAUGAGGUUGAGAAACCUGAUCUACCUACUGAGACCAGUUUGGAACAGAUAUUGACUUUAAUCCACUCCCACUGGGAAAAGGUCAUCGAGAAGACACGGGCCGAGACCGAUGCAUACCUAGAGUGCAAGAAGGUGGACAGUGGAGACAAAAAGCUGAGUCAGGAGGAAAAAGAGCUGGAGAGUCUGAAGACAGAAUGUACUGAUGCAAAUUCAAAGAUCCAGAGCCUGCAUGCUGAAACAGAGUCUAUGAGAGCACUGAAACGAGGCCUGGAGAACUCCCUGAAUGAUGCAAAGCAUUGGCAUGAUAUUGAGCUUCAGAACUUGGGCUCGGUCAUUGGGAAGCUGGAGUCUGAGCUCGCUGAUGUGCGUGGAGAUAUCGAGCAGCAACAGCGCGACUAUGAGACACUGCUCAACAACAAAAAGAGGCUUGAAAUGGAGAUUGAAAUGUACCAUGGGAUUUUGGAUGGAGAAGAGAACAGAUUCCAUCCACCGUUGUCCUCGUACGGUAGUGCAGAAGCUGAAGGAAGAACCCAACGUUCUCCUGAACAGCAGAAAGCUACAGAUACUGAUGGUUCUGCAGUGAAUGAGGAGACUAAGGCCAAAACAUGAAAGAUUUGCCUUCAUAAGCCUGGCUUACUUCAGACUGAUGGAAGAUUUUCCAACUACGUAUACAAUUUUCACUUGUAUCAGUGACCCUUUUGCUCCAUGGUUUGCAUAGAUUACAUACUUUACAAGCUGAGAGUUAUACAAUGACAUAACAAUAAACCACAUGGCUGUAAGAUCACUUUUUCAAGUCACAAUGCAAAACAUGCCUCGCAUUUAAUUGUAUACACACUACAUGUUUUGAACAUUUUCUCAGAAAGUAAGCAAAACCUCUCACUCUAAAAUAACACCCCUUAAACACAGUGUUUUUGCACUGGGAGAGGAAAAAAAGAGUCCUGAG